AUGAUUUACAAUACACUUUCAAAGAUUUCAAUAAAGCAAUCUGUACUAUUGAACAACUCUUCUUCUUCUUCUUCUUUUUCUACUGUGCAACAACAAAACCAACAACAAUCCAAUAAUUCCAUCACUAGAUUCAUGCGUCCAGCUUGGGCAUUUGGAUAUAUCUAG